ACAGCCUACGUACAAAGCUGGGCGCGAGAUAGAAAGUGGCGGCGGGAUGUGCUUGAAUGCAGUCGAGCACCAAACUAGCUCACAAAAUCAGAGGAUUCUUUUUCUUUGACAGGACACGAGAUGAGAAAUGUUUUCUCUGUGAAUUGGCGCGCUUUAUGCAUUUAGAAACUCGAACGAGCUGCGGAGUUGUCUUUUUGUUAGUUUGUUUGGACUGUCCUGGCAGACGCCGAGAAAAUGUCCUGGUGGCCGCGCGGUGAUGAAAACGAAGAGAUGAUUUGUCAGGACACAGAUUCUGAUGUACCAGACCAGAGGGAUAGUGGAAAAGUGAAAGUAAAAUGGACACAAGAGGAGGAUAAAAGACUAAAAGCUUUGGUCCAGGACUUGGGGUCAUCAGAUUGGAAGACCAUAUCCACCUUUUUACCAAAUAGAAGUGAUCAGCAGUGUCAACAUCGGUGGAUGAAAGUUCUCAAUCCUGAGCUUAUUAAAGGACCAUGGACAAAGGAGGAGGAUGAAAAAGUAAUUGAAUUGGUAAAACAGUAUGGUACAAAGCAGUGGGCUGUCAUUGCCAAGCAUCUGAAAGGCCGUUUAGGAAAACAGUGUCGUGAACGUUGGCACAAUCACCUUAAUCCUGAAGUAAAGAAGUCAUCCUGGACAGCAGAGGAAGAUCGUAUAAUUUACCAAGCUCAUCGCGUGCUUGGUAACCGCUGGGCAGAAAUUGCUAAGCUGUUGCCAGGAAGAACAGACAAUGCUGUGAAAAAUCACUGGAAUUCCACAAUUAAACGUAAAGCUGAAACAGGCUUUUUUGAGAACACUGAAGAUGCCCCUCUGAAUGUGCUGAUUCCUAUAGAUGAAGGAAAUUUAACUGAGUUGCAGGAAGAGGAAAAAGAGGUGUAUCACUAUGACGUAGACAUGGAUGCUGAUCAGGAAAACAUUGCAGUGGAACAGGAUAACCCAUCCACUUUAUUGCCACCAUCAUCUUCUAACCCAGUUACGAAAAGUACACCUGGAGUAGAAGUCUCUAGUAGCCCUUCAUCAAUGAAGGAUGUCAAGUUGGAGGGCAGUGAGUCUGAAGAUGCCUGUCCCAAUCGUUGGGUGGUAGAUGGUUCUGGCUUCUUGCUCCCUACACCAGUCCCUGCAUUAAAAGAGGCACUGGAGCUUAUUGAGGUGGAUCUAGAUGGUUGGUGUGACCUUUCAACUUUUGACCUUCCUGAUGACCCAGAUGAAGAGAUGGCAGCACCCAGACCCACGUCAGAGUCCCGAAGUCUCAUCAGGUUAGAAGGCAGCACCCUGCAUGAGUUGAGCCGAGGAAACCGAGGAGAACUUAUCCCGAUAUCACCGCUGCAUGCAAGGGGCACCACACCUCCAUCUAAAGAGAACGGUGGGAGUACUCCUCCUUCUGUACUCUCUCGUCAUCGUCGCCGCCGUAUUACCCAGUCUCCUGGCACCAGCAUUCUAGAACUGAACGACACUGCAAAUUUAGUUACCCCCAAGUGUACCCCAGUCAAAGAACUUCCAUUUUCCCCUUCACAGUUUCUAAACAUGUGGACGAAGCACGACACUCUAGACUUGGAGAACCCUUCUCUAACUUCCACGCCCGUCUGUAGUCAAAAGGCAAUUGUUACCACACCACUGCACCGCGACAAGACACCACUCAUCCAGAAGGAAAACUCAGUAUUUAUUACUCCUAAUCACAAUUCUGAAAUGCAUACAACCCCCCAAACACCUACUCCUUUCAAAACUGCAAUGGAAAAAUACGGACCUCUGCGCCCUCUUCCAGCAACACCAAACCUGGAGGAGGAUCUCAGGGAGGUUCUGCGCAGUGAAGCUGGAAUUGAUCUCGUUAUUAAGGAUGCAACCCCACAGGAGCAGAAGCGCAAAAGUGGAAAUAGGCAGCCCAUGAAGAAAGUGCGCAAGUCUUUAGCUCUCGAUGUUUUGGACAAGAAGUGUAACUCUGCUAAGCUCGCUCUUUCAGCGCCUGGACCCCAUCUGGAGCCCCAGCUUGAGAACUCCCUGUCCACAUCUUUCAAUACCUCCUCAUCGAGUGUCUACACAUCUAUCAAGAAGGACAACAGUGUGCUGAACCAGGCCUUUGUCCUCCCACCUCCAGAGCCGAGCCUUGAGCUGAAUGGGCCUCCUGUACCAAUGUCUCGGGCCUGGGCGGCGGUUGCAUGUGGACGUACAAAGGACCAAGUUAUCAUGACCGAACAGGCCAGGAGGUUCCUGCGAGCACUAAAGCCUGGCCCACCCAGCCGUGCUUUAAUCCUGUCCUGAAGGGAGCAAAAAAAAAAGCGACGGUACCUUUAAAUAUUUGUUACCCUGGUAUGAUCCCUUUUCUUUUGGGAGGAAAUGUAUAUAUUUAAAAAAAAAAAAAAAAAAAAAAAGGUAACUUGGACUUUGUUCGACUUUCUCCCUACUCUAAAAUAGACUUGUGAUGUAGCUAGAGAAGUCACUGCCAUAUUUUCUUGAGUCUUAAGUCACAGUGCAUGGCUUAAAGGGUACCUUUUCUGUAACAACUUGGACUGAUAAUCUAAACGUUUACUGUCAUGGUUGUAAAAAAUCGAGCGCAAACUUGAACUAAACUCAUUUGCUGUGGUGCUGUCUGCCGUUCCUUCCAGAAGAAACAAUGCAAGCCAAGUGUGAAGAAACACGUUUAUUUCCAUUCUUUCAUGGACAUCAAAUGUCCUAAAGUAUCAGUCAGACCACAAAGCCAUAAGUGAGAAUGAAGUCGGUGCUGCAGUUACUUGAAUAGUUCCUGGAGUUUGUAUAUCCUGAUCAUCCUUAAUUAUAAGCCUUUAAAAAAAAUAAAUAAAUAAAUGGCCAGUCAGGAUAUACUCCCUUCUAAUUUGCUUUACUGGAUUCAGUCAGUUUUGUAAUAUGUCAUCUGGUGAAAAGAAAAAAUAUUAAUGUGAACACCAACGGACAUGAAUA